AUGACUGUAGGGAAAACUGCGAAAAUCUCAUCACCCUCUAUGAGGAGACGAAAAUCUGCAUUAGGCGAAGACGAUGAUUUGGAACGAGAAACAAAAGCAUUAGCUUCAUUUUAUCCAAGUCCGCCGCCUGUGGACUUUGUUCAAAGUACUAUGUAUGGACAAUAUACAAAAGAAUUGGGUGAUUAUGUCAAAGGAACGCAACAGAACAUACCUGCGCCUGUAAUACACGGUAGUGCUAACGAAGAAUUCAGCAAGUAUGGCGGGAAAAUUAGUUCCACUUUGGAAGUCGUAUGGCGCCAUUCGUUCGCCAAGCUCAGCGAAGAUUGGGUAUUUCUCACGUUAUUGGGUCUCGUCAUGGCCGUAUUAAGCUUUGCCAUGGAUUAUGGUAUAGACUUCACCAACGAAGGAAGGAUAUGGCUAUUCAAAGAUAUGGCAUUCAACCAGUAUUUGCAGUACAUUGCUUGGGUACUGUUACCAGUCAGUUUAAUAACAUUUGCAGCAGGAUUCGUACACUUAGUUGCACCUCAAUCUAUCGGUUCAGGUAUACCAGAAAUGAAAACAAUAUUAAGGGGCGUCGCAUUAAAAGAAUUCCUCACCUUAAGAACGUUGAUCGCGAAAGUUGUCGGUGUUACAGCAACUUUAGGUUCCGGUUUACCUCUCGGCAAAGAGGGCCCGUUCGUGCACAUUGCCAGCAUAACAGCCACGCUUUUGACAAAAGUAAUCACUUCGUUCAAAGGAAUCUACGAGAACGAAUCACGGAACACUGAAAUGCUGGCUGCGGCAUGUGCGGUCGGGGUUGCAAGCUGUUUUGGGGCCCCUAUUGGCGGUGUGCUUUUCAGUAUCGAAGUAACGACCGUGUACUUCGCUGUGCGAAAUUACUGGAGAGGUUUUUUUUCAGCCGUUUGUAGCGCAACUGUGUUCCGAUUGCUAGCAGUAUGGUUUAACAAAGCCGAAACCGUAAAGGCUUUUUUCCCGACCCAUUUCACUAUGGAAUAUCCGUUUGAUCCUCAAGAAUUAACCGUUUUUGCUUUACUUGGGGUAGUCUGUGGAAUUAUCGGAGCCGGUUACGUUUGGGCUCACAGGCAAUACGUAUUGUUUAUGAGACAAAGUAAAAGAAUGAACUCAUUCCUACAGAAGAACCGUUUUUUAUAUCCGAGCCUUAUAACGUUUCUCACAUUGACAAUCACGUUCCCUCUAGGCACCGGUAAAUAUAUUGCUGGUGAACUGAACGUACACGACCAAUUAACUGGGCUGUUUAGUAAUUUCACGUGGACAAAAACUGAGUUCACCAUCGAGGAGGCAGAAAUGAUGAAUCAUUGGCGAACGGAAAACACCAACGUUUUCAUUUGUUUAUCGGCUUACAUAGCUUAUAAUUUUGUGUUCUCCAUAAUAGCAUCGACCAUUCCAAUACCAUCCGGUAGUUUCAUUCCAGUGUUCAAGACUGGAGCCGCAUUUGGUCGAAUAGUCGGUGAACUCAUGCACUUGUGGUUUCCGUACGGUGUUAGGCACGGAAAAUUCAUCACGCCUAUAAUACCGGGAGGUUAUGCCGUAGUCGGAGCAGCAGCUUUUGCCGGGGCCGUUACACAUUCCAUAUCAGUGUCUGUAAUUGCUUUUGAAAUGACGGGACAGAUCACACACAUUGUACCUGUCAUGAUCGCCGUAUUAAUAUCAAACGCUGUAGCAGUAUUACUACAACCUUCACUAUACGACAGUAUUAUAUUAAUAAAGAAUCUACCCUACUUACCGGAUCUUCUUCCAUCCAUAUCGGGUAUUUACAGUGUGUAUGUAGAAGAUUUUAUGGUCAGAGAUGUCAAAUACAUUUGGUAUAAUAUGAGUUACAGAGACUUGAAAAAGGUUCUAAGGGAAAACAAGGUUCUUAGAGUGUUUCCAUUAGUUGACAAACCAGACUCGAUGAUUUUGUUGGGGUCGGUGCCUCGAAUUGAAUUAAUAAAACUGAUCGACAGACAAGUGGGUAAAGAAAGGCGAAUGCAGGUAGUUGCUAAAUGGCAAAAAGAAGCACAGGAAAGACUUGACGAGGUAGAAAGAAGAAGAAGAGAAAACAAAGAAAGGAGGCCUUCCAGAUUUGAAGUCACGCCAGCACCAGAUACACUACAAAGGAAGUAUUCAAUUAGUUCUCAAUCGCUUUCUACAAACCCCAUAAUCAAGGUACAAUGCAGUUCUUCGUUGAAAGGGCAUCCGAAAAAAUCUAUUUUAAAAAAAACCAAUUCAUUCACUCUACAUAACCUGACACCAAUGAUGACUCCGUCAGCAACACCGUAUUCUACGAUAACUGGAGCCGAGAGUCGCAUACGAUUAGCGUUCGAAGCUAUAUUUCACAAAUCUGCUACACUUCGAGAUGCCAAUCCAGAGCAGCAGAGCUUGACUGAUAUAUCGGAUAAGGAUAGGUGUUCGUCGCAGAUUAUACAAGUGUCCAAAAAAGUUCAACUGCCUAAAGAGAGAGUCAUAGACAUGUCACCGGAAGAACAGAGCGAAUGGGAACAAACAGAGAUGGACAAGAUUUUAGAUUUUGGUUCCUGUCACAUUGACCCGGCACCGUUUCAGUUGGUCGAGAGGACGUCAUUACUUAAGGUCCAUUCGGUGUUCUCGUUAGUCGGUGUCAACCAUGCUUACGUCACUGCCAUUGGUCGCUUGGUCGGCGUCGUCGGACUAAAAGAAUUAAGAAAAGCCAUAGAAGACACCAACUCGGGAACUAAACUCGGACACCACAAGACAUCUGGCUACCGUAGUGCUGCGAUGGAAUCGCUUUUAAGUAAUCGACGAAUGGAUGACGAUUAUGACGUGUAAAAUAUAUAUAGGUACAAUAAAUAAAUUUUGUAAAGGCGAUUUAAUACAGACCGUUUUUUUUUUUACGAAAAUAUACCUAUUUUUGUCAAUUACAUACCAAUAAGACUAUAAACAUAGGAUUCGUUAAAAAAUAUUAUGUGAACAUAAUAAAAUUUUCUUUGUAGUUUACUUGAGAUCGAUCAUCAAAUUUUUCUAAUUUUGGAAUCAUAAGUAUAUAUUUUAACUUUUAUAUUCCGUUUAAAUUGUAUUUUAAAAUAAAAAAAAAUAAGCGAUUAAUAAUUAUAAGUAAAAAAUUCUAAAUACUAGGAUAAAGUAAAUUCAAGUAAAUUCCUUAAAAAAUUUAAAUUUCUUAUCGUAACUUAUGUAGAAUAAAAAAUAGGUUUAUGUUUUUUAAUGAAAAAUAAUAUAACUCGUUGGUUAUAUAAAUUGGUGAUGUCAUAUUCGUGUACGCGUGAAAUCUUUUUUAAGCUAUAGCUACAUACGACACACACGUCACUUACUACGUAUAAACUCAAGAUACCCUUAAGAUAUUUCCUAAAUUGAACCUCAUAAAACGGUUGGUAUCAAAUCUCCUUAUAUAAAAUAUUAUUUAAGGUACCGUAACCAAGCAUUAAAUUUUAAAGUUAAAACUGUCUUACCAUUAAUUUGAUAUGUUUUUGCUAAAUGCUAUGUAUAAAAUGUUAUGAGUACCUAUUGUUGUAUGAUAAAUACUUAAAUAUAGGUAUUUUAUUGUUACUUUUUAAAAUUAUAAAAAUAAAAUAGUUAAUAUAGUUAUAAUAAGUUUAACACGCUGUAUAAAUACCCGUAAGUAUAAGUCUAUAUACUUACCAUUAAUUUAGUUUAUUUUAUAAUAUUAUAUUAAUCUUUCGUUUAAGGAGGCGUAACCCCAACAUUCUUGAUUUCUCUGCCUGGCUCGGGCGUAAUAAACUAAUACAGCAACAAUAGUAUUCCAUACUUCCGCACGAUUACAACUAUAGGUUCACUUUAAAGCAAAUUGAUCUAUUAUACGUAUUGUAAAGAACGAUAUUUCCUGUGCAUUGUCCAGAAUAUCUAAUACACAGAAUCGUUGAUGCUGUUUGAUAUUUAUUACUAUAUGUUGUAAAUAAUAUUAUUAUUUUAUUUUUAUUUGAAUGUCAUAGUAUCACGGCGUUUAAGAUAGGCAAUAUGACUACUUUACUGUGGUGUAUCCAUUUUCAUAUAAAAUAAAUGAUACUAUUGUACAAUGUACAUAUUAUAAUACAUAUCAUUAUGAAUAUUACUACACCUAAACCUAGCAACCUAAGUGCAAAUAAUUUAAUAGCAUAUU